AUGAACGUGACAUCUCCAUUCAAGCCACGACUAGACCGUGGCUAUGAACCAAUAUCGGAACUUGAUAUCGUGGUGAGCAUGUUCAAAGAAUCGCCCUCUGCGAUCAAGGAGACGGCAGAACGACUCAAGCGCCUACCCGAGAUCGGACCCAGAAGCCCUAGGCUCAUUGUGUAUACGAAAAAUCCAUCUGCCAACGUCGAUGAACUUCUGAAGCAAACGGGAGCGACAAGGGUUGUGCAAUUGCCCAACGUAGGCCGUGAGGGUCACACUUACCUUCACCAUAUAGUCGAGCAGUGGGACGAUCUUGCAGCUCAUACCUUUUUCCUACAAGCCGACAUCCACAACCCACGCGAGUUCUUCCCGCGUGUCAGAGACUACUACACCCCACAGACUGGGAUGCUAAGUCUCGGCUUUAGCGGCCAAACUUGCAACUGCAGAGGCUGCAGUGAUAGAUUCGGAUGGUGGGACGACCUACUUGUCCCUGUGGUAUGGAGCCAAGCGAUGAACGAGACUUGUACAGACCAGCAGAUGCUGUUGUCCUACAAAGGUCAAUUCGUGGCUUCGGCGGCCAGACUUCGCGGGAAUGAGCGGUCACUAUACAAGACGCUGAGGACAGCCUUGGAGGACCCCGGGAACUUCGUGCACCAAGAAGAUUACUUGCAAGGUCGACCCGAUUCUAUGAAUGCGCCUGUCUUCGGCUACACUCUGGAGAGAUUGUGGUCAGUGCUUCUGCAGUGCUCAGAAGAACGUAUCGCCGCGCAUUGUCCUACUCUGCUCAGUGGUACGCGGAGGGGGGGCUCCAAAGAAGAUUGUCAAUGUUUUGACGUCUCUUGACCCACAAUUGAUCUGGC